CUUUUCAAUGGCCCUUCACCCAGAAUCAAUAACCCCCAUCUCCUAAUUCAACACCCAAUUAGUUUUCUGGGCAAUUGGGAUUGUUUGGAUUAGUGUAGGAUUUGAUUUGAUCUGACUCGAUUUGAUUUUCUCUUUUCAUUGUGGAUUCUUGAAAGUUGUAAUGGCGACAGAGCAAGUUUUUCCGUUUUCUGUUGCUUCUGUGGUUGAAGAUGUUCUUCAGCAGCAUGGAAUCCAUACGCGGAACAUCGACUUGAUUUCGAAGAAGGCUGAAGAAGACUCCUUGAGAAGGUAUGAAGCAGCUGGGUGGCUGAGGAAAACCGUUGGAGUUGUUCUUGGUAAAGACUUGCCAGCUGAGCCUUCUGAAGUGGAAUUUAGGCUUGGAUUGAGAAGCGGAAUAAUUCUUUGCAAUGUUCUCAAUAAGGUUCUGCCUGGGGCAGUGUCAAAGGUUGUUGAAGGCCCCUGUGAUUCAGUUAUUAUUCCUGAUGGGGCACCCUUAUCUGCAUACCAGCACUUUGAAAAUGUGAGGAAGUUCUUGGUAGCUAUAGAAGAAAUGGGGUUACCAACUUUUGAAGCCUCUGAUCUAGAACAGGGAGGAAAAUCUGGAAGGGUCGUGAACUCCGUUCUGGCGCUCAAAUCGUAUAGCGCCUGGAAACAAGGAGGCGGAAAUGGGGUGUGGAAAUAUAGUGGGGCAGCAAAAUCGCCUACAUCGAACAAAAAUGUGGUGCUCAAAAAUUCAGAAUCAUCCAUGAAUUCUUGUGCAAGAUCCUCAUCAGCUAGUGAUAAUUUUUCUCUUGAACUGUCCUCAUGUGAUGACCAUCCUGGCAAUGAAGCAGGAUCGCCCCGUCCUUUACAUAUGCUACUUUGUCAACUUCUUUCUAACAAACGGCUUGAAGAAAUCCCCACUAUUGUGGAAUGCAUGAUUGAUAAAGUCAUGGAUGAGUACCAGCGUCAGUUAGCAACUCAUAACAAUAUGAUGAAAGUAAGUCCAGAAGACAUAGCAGGAUAUGUAUCUGAUAAGUCUCCUCCAGAAAGCAGUUCUGCUUCUGCCAAUGAAAAGAUUGAAGAGGAUGCAACAAGUUUUACUGAAGAAAUAAGUAGUCCAGAAGCAACAACUUGUGCUGAAGAAGCAAGUUGUCCUGAAGAAUUAAGUUGUCCCGAAGAAUCAAGUUGUCCCGCAGAAAGCUGUCCUGAAACAAUAACUGACAAUUCUGAUUGUUAUAAUAAUCGUGAUGAGGAAUCGGAACGUAAAGCGUUGAGAAGACAGAUGCUGAUUGAACAGCAAGAGAGAGACAUAGAGAUGUUGAAGGGUGCUCUUGGUGAAACCAGAGCAGGAAUGCAGAUUUUGCAAAUGAAGUACAGAGAGGAAUUUAACAAUCUUGGUAAGCACAUGAGUGGUGUGGCUUAUGCUGCUUCAGAAUAUCGGAGAGUUCUUGAAGAAAAUCGAAAACUGUAUAAUCAAGUCCAAGACCUGAAAGGAAAUAUCAGAGUAUACUGUAGAGUUCGACCGUUCCUUGGUGGACACUCAAAUCGUCCCUCGACCGUUGAUCGCAUCGAUGAAGGGAGUAUGAGCAUUAUUUCACCAUCAAAAUACAGCAAGGAGGGAAGGAAAUCAUUCAGUUUUAACAAAGUAUUUGGACCUUCUGCAACACAAGGGGAAGUAUUUGCGGAUACUCAGCCUUUGAUCCGGUCUGUGCUUGAUGGAUAUAACGUCUGCAUAUUUGCUUAUGGCCAGACUGGAUCCGGAAAAACCUUCACUAUGUCAGGACCAGAAGAGCUCACUGAGGAAACUUUAGGUGUAAACUACAGGGCAUUGAGUGAUUUGUUUGUUCUUUCACAACAAAGGAAACAGACCAUCUCCUAUGACAUAUAUGUUCAGAUGCUCGAGAUUUACAAUGACCAAAUUAGGGAUCUCCUUGCGACGGAUUCCACUAACAGAAGAUUGGAAGUUCGUAAUAGUUCUCAAAAUGGGAUAAAUGUGCCGGAUGCAACCCUUAUACCUGUAUCAUCAACAUCAGAUGUUCUAAAUUUGAUGGAUCUUGGCCAAAAGAACCGUGCUGUGAGCUCGACUGCCAUGAAUGAUCGGAGCAGUCGUUCCCAUAGCUGUCUAACUGUUCACGUUCAAGGAAGAGAUUUGACAUCCGGAGCGACUCUUCGUGGGUGUAUGCAUCUUGUUGACUUGGCAGGAAGUGAAAGGGUUGACAAGUCGGAGGUAAUAGGAGAUAGAUUAAAAGAGGCACAACAUAUCAACAAAUCUCUUUCUGCAUUAGGAGAUGUUAUUGCCUCUCUUGCCCAAAAGAAUUCACAUGUCCCUUAUAGGAACAGUAAACUCACACAGUUGCUCCAAGAUUCACUUGGAGGUCAAGCCAAGACACUGAUGUUUGUUCAUAUAAGUCCAGAGCCUGAAGCUCUUGGAGAAACAAUGAGUACAUUGAAGUUUGCUGAAAGGGUUUCAACUGUUGAGCUCGGUGCUGCUCGGGUUAACAAAGAUAGUGCCGAUGCGAAGGAGCUCAAGGAACAGAUAGCGAGCCUCAAAGCAGCCUUAGCGAAGAAGGAAGGUGAAACGGAGCAACAUUCUCGAUCAAGCACUCCAGAAAGAAGUAUGGUGAAAACUUUCUCAUCAUCCCCUUCACUUCCUAGCUGGAAAAGUGUUGUGGAGAUGUCUAUUAAUAGAACAAACUCAAUGGAAGAUGUUCGUAACGUCGAGGCUCAAAACAAAGCUAGCACGAAGCUGAAAAGAAGAAGCUUAGAUCCACGAGACAUAUUACGUAACUCACAACAAUGGCCGCCCAUAAGUGCAGCACUCGGCAGUAGGAGGCCGGAUCAAGAUGAUAAAGAAUCGGUUUUGAGUGAUUGGGACGACAAACUUACCAUUAACAAGAAUGAAAACUGGGAUAUUGAAGACAAGUUGCCUGAGACAUUUGAUCAGAAUUGUGUUCUAGAUCCUUCAAAGGUGUACCCUGAAAACCUGUUCAAUACUACCGAUGAUUCUGAUGAUCAUGAGGCUACAAAUAGCGAAACAUCAGAGCCAGAAGUAAUUUGGCAGUCAAGCCUUCCACUUCCAAAAGCUACAAGCAUUCCAAAUGGUUUCGGAUCAAAGAUAAAGAAACCAACUCCUCCUAAGCAAGCCAAGAGCCCAGAAACUAGGAGUUUCAUUCCUUCAUUGAUUCCUUCUCCAUCACGGAAACCACAAGCCGGAGUUGCCCAACCGCUGCCAGUGCACAAGGCAGCAGGCAAACAGGCAUUUCCAGUUGAAGGGAAGAGGAGGGGUGGCUAUACUAAGUGAGUACUGUGGGAUGGAGUGUGUUCAUGAACUUAUUCUUCCUCAUUUUUGUUUUUUCUUUUCUUGUAUCUAUUUAUUGUUGUAUAUAGAAAGAGAGAAGAGAGAAGAGAGAGAGAGCGAGAGAAUUCUCUGAUGAAGUGGCAAUAAUUCAAGUUGCCUAAGUUUCUCUGUUCAAUCUUCAAAUGCUUGGUGAUGGGGUCCCUCCUUGCACAGUCCAAUUUUUUUAUAUAUUGGUUCUAGAGUGAUACAAGUUGCAACUUGGGAGCAAAAAGAAAAAUAGAAACCUCGGAGUUCUUGUUUGUA